GCGUACAGGUUUCCUUUCACCGAACUGCAUGAAUAGGUAUCAAAUUAGGUAUUAGAGGAGCCUGGGUUUGAACCCAUGCUAUAUAUAGCUUGAUAAUAGCUAGAAGUUCUAGGUACUACAGUCAGACCAAGCUAAGUUGGUUUUGACAGCCCAGACAGUGGACGUGUUAUUUUAAAUGUCAAACUUAUAUGAAAUAAUGUCGUUUACUUAACACUUGCACUAGCUGGGAUAUCAAAAAUCGUUGCCAACAUAGCUUGGUCUGAUUUUAACUCCUCAUUGUUGUAACAAAAAACAGUAGAGACUGCUUCUAAUAUUAAGUAGUAGAUACUCAUAAUUGCCAAAGACUAAGGAAGUGAUCCGAUCAUCAAACUGGAAGUAAAGUUUACACGAACUCGGGUUUUAACACUUUUCACCUAUGACCUCUGGAUUGACAAUUGCAGCCUCACCGUUUCGCUUCUAGCUUUUUGCAAUUUAGCUUUAAGUUUUUGUGCCGUAAAAUUGGUCUGUUUCUGCGUUUUUUUUUUACUUCUACCCGAUCACAUGUUUGGAGGUGGUCCAAGUCACAAAAUUAAGCAGUAGAUAAAUAUUUUCGAUUCGUUACACAGGAGACUGUAAGUACAGUCAAAAAAAGAUAUAGGUAGUCGCCCGAGUGACAGUAGUCUGUUUAUAUGCCAAGUUCUUGUUUAAGCAUUCGGUUAAUUAUUUAAUCACCGGCACAGAAAACUGUUUGGAGGAGAUGGUUGGUAUGUGGUCACCAUAGAGUUACUUUGAUCGCGCGUAGCAAUUGAAAACGGUUGGAAUCGGACGGAAGCAUGCCACAACUACUAGAAAGUCGUUUUUGUCCAUCCUGGAAGGUGUGGGUGCUCUACAUUCUUGCGAACGGUGUGAUGCUAUUUUGAUUCAGUCCGAUACAACGAUGCCACCGGCUGCAAGCUAUUUAAGUCCAUAAUCCUGUCACGGUACUGACAGAGUCAGAAGAGUCAAAGUUUUGUUUUUAUGCGUAUGUAUGGCCCAACGCGCCCAGUACCUAAGCUUAGAUUGCUUACUCCGUACAUACAAGCGAAUUUUAAACGUAUUAAUAAUUAGCUUUUACCAUCCCUAUUAUAUAUUAAGUAAGAAAACUGAUGUAUUGAGUGAGCACUAAAAGCUUACUUAUCUAUGGCCUAAGAUAACUCGCGCCCCGCUACCGUCCAUAGCUUGCGUCUGCACAGUCACUGACCGCUAGCGUAGACUACAUUCGGGGGCUCGGGCACCGGCGCGCGCGCACGCUUCCCUGCCAUUAUCACUACCAGUGUAAUUAUUACUUACGACUACCAUAUAACAUAAGUGUCUGUGAAAAAUCUAUCAGCCUAUUAUUAGCGCAUACUACUAAUUACUGGUAGAAAAUAUCUUUCAGACUGACGUUCAUUUCCUAUAGUGUUUUUUAAAAGGGAACUGUGUUGAAACUACAGGGCUGCAGAUUUGAAAGGCGAUAAUAAUGGUUUAUGUGCCAUUGUGACCGUUCGGAUUCGGAAUAAAGACUCCAUAAUGCCGUUCCGGUGGGAGGAAAUCGCGUACCAGGCGGAGUGCGACCGCCACGAGAGCCCCGAGUUCGACGAGGAGGCCUGGAACCUGUGCGCCGAGGACCCGGACAGCAGAGCGCGCAAGAUUCAGGAGCUGCGGGAUAUGAUAUAUGAGCGCGGGGAAUGCCAGCCACCGCAGAUGGACGACGCUUUUCUGUUGCGGUUUUUGCGCGCCAGGCGCUCGGUGCCCGCGCGUGCGCACCGCCUGAUGGUUCGCUACUGCAAGUUCCGAGAGCAGAACCCACACCUAUGGCGCGGGGUCGACUGGUUCGGCAUGCGACGGCUCGGCAACUUGUUCGAGGGCGUGCUGUAUGACCGGCCUGACGUCGGCAGACUGAUAUUGUGUCGACUUGGUCUCUGGGACCCAGACACGACUCCAGUCGAAGAUCUCAUUCGUGGCACCCUACUCCUUCUCGAAGUUGGGAUCAUGCAGCCAAAACUCCAAGUCUUAGGUGGAGUAGCAAUGGUUGACUGCGCGGGAAUCACCAUGAAACAUAUGAGGCAUUUGACUCCGACGAUCGCAUUGCAAGCCAUGAACGUUUUAGGGUACGCAUUCCCGCUUCACCAACGUGGUGUCCACGUGGUCAACUGCUCCCGUGUCUUCGAGACUCUGUUCUACUUCUUUAGAAGACUGGCACCAGCUGAUGAGCUCUGGAAGAAAGUCUACUUUCAUAACGACCUUGCUUCUCUUCAUAGGUACAUCGAUCCAGAGUGUCUGCCAAUACGAUACGGCGGGAAGCGAAAAGAAACCUCGCUUUGCACAUGGCUGACGAAGAUUAAGCAUUACAGAAACAAGAGCUUCGAUGACGACAUCUGCAAGUUGGGGUACACAGCCGAUUAUGACGACAUUUAAAGAAACAAAGUGUAGUAGAUAUAUAUAAAAACUAGUGGCUCUGAAAGCUGUAGACCUCACCAGCAUAACUUAUUGGAACUCAUGAGACGACUACAUUUAAAGACAUCUGCAAGUUAGGGUACACCUGCGACUACG